CUGUUCUGUGUCUGUCUCCCAUGAUUCUCCGCGCUGCACGUCGAUGAAUAUUAAUAAAGCUGCGUGUCUGUCGACAGCCUCACGCGACGUUCGAUUGGCAGACGUUCCAGAGUCUCAUUAAUAUUCAGCAGCAGUUCCUCAACGUCAGCGUGCAGCCAGUGCUCAGCGUCAAAGCACGGAGCGCUUAUAGCAGAACGCGUCAGUGAGAAUUAUUAUAUAGAUGGUGCAUUUCUCCGUGGACUUUCUGCACAACAGUCACUCUUUGGGUUACCAGAGUAAAGCGGUCUACGAGGAAAACAUGUGCAACACAGAGGAGAGUUGUGCCGUUCUGGGCUCGAGGCAGCAGGCUCCAGGGCCUCUGUGGUGCUCCGAUGCCCCUCUCCCACUAACGAAGAUCCCGGGUGGGCGAGGGACAGGCAGGGAUCUCCCUCACAGCGUACUGCACAAGGACGAAAAGUUGACAGUGACCCAGGUGGGGUCGGUAAGCGGCGCGCCCCCUGUCCUGCACUUCCAGUACCAGUUAAGCGAGCGACGGUCCUCCUGCUGGGACACGGUUCUGUCGGACGACGCACUCUACCUGGAAAUCCCCGCUGGAGCUCUUCACAGUGGCAGCAGAGAAGGUUUCACCAGGCUGUUGGAGUUUGCAGAGGAGCAGUUGAAAGUCAGCUACGUGUUCCUGUGGCUUCAGAAAAACAGAGACGAUCGAUUGUCCAUUAUGAAGACCUUCCACUACAUGGGUUUUGAAGUGGUGAAACCAGGUCAUCCACUGGUGCCACCCCGGCCUGAUCUUCUCUUUAUGGUCUAUUCCAUAGACAGCAGCAGUUCUGAUGAAGAGUGACCAUCACACUCUCGCUCACUCUUAAAAUGCCCCCACCCCACUUCCUCCCCCUCUAUACCUCUGCAUCAGUGACUUUUAAGACAGGGGGAGGGGCGAAGCUGGGCCAACUAACACUCUGAUUGGUUCAGUUUCCAUUAUUAUCCCACCGAUCGGUUCUGAUUGGUCGUUCCAUCAGCAGGUGGGUUGGUGCUAAAGCAGAAAUCUAGCAUAUCCUCUCUGUUAAUUCACACCAUAUAUCAAACUGUCUAUACUGUUGUGUACACUAUGUAUAGAACAUUCAGAACAGGAUACAGAUUGCAGACAUAGUAACGAUAGUUUUUACAGAAGGGAAUGUAUUUGUAACCGGUUGUAGACUGUUUCCGGUGGCUGAUAAUGGUGAAUCAGGAUUUUUUGGUUUGUUUAUUCCAGGUCUUCUCUGUUUUACUCUUCUUUAGACGUUUCAGCUAAAACUUUCACUUGUUAAUCAUUCAAUGUUCUCAGAGGAAACAAGCUGAAUAGCUCUUAGUAACUAAGACUCGACUCACUUCAGCAGCGUAGUUCGCCCUUCGAACACUCAUUAGGAUUCAUGCUGUGUUCCAUUCAAUUGAGAAUGUUUGAAUUUCUAGCUUCCAAUAUAGAAAAGUGCAAUAGAAUGCAAAGUUGGACUUCAGACUUUUAUGAAAACUGCUAUUUCAUGAUGUGCACAGCUCACUGUUGACGAUCACACAUCUGCACAUUACCAUUUUAUAUACAUCAUCCAAACGUCAUGCAAUAAAUGUUUAAGUAUAAGAAAUAUCUUUCAAUAUUGGAUGGAACGCAGCAUUCUAGCGUAAGUUCCUCAAAACUGUGCAUCAUUCCAGACCCCAACAAGGCACUUGAGUGUAAGUUUAGAUUGAGUUUUAGUUGAAUUUUUUCUGAGUCUGGUUGUGAGGUUUGCUUUUCAAGAAUUCUUUGAGUAGAAGUUGUUCAAUCAGGCCUGUUGCUUUUACUCUUUAAAACAAAGCCAGACUUGAAAACUUCUAGAUGCAUGAGCAUGUUUGUGAUGAAAUCAUUCUGGUUUUAGAAAUCCCGAAGGUCCUUAUUUUUAUUUAGGGAGAUGCAGAGGUCUUCUGCGUGAGUCUUACCGUAGUCCAUCACACCUUUUGUCUUCAUCAUCCCAAACCAAAAGGAAACAUGAGAGCAAACCAACCCCACCCUCUGCCCCUCAGGGGCUUUAACACAAGCACUUUAGGAAAACACAAGCAAUUCAGCCGACGGUGCAUUGCACAUUCAUUACAGAGAGAUGUGCAUUGAGCUGUCAAGAUGUCUUGCAGUGUUUAGUGAACUUGACAUACUUGCCAAAGAUAAUGGUCUCCAUUCAAAGAGAACGCCUCAAGUUUCAUUCAGAUAAGACUGGUGAAUCUACCGUAGCAGCACCUUCAGAUAGCAGGCUCGGUCCCAGUGUAGUCAGGUAUAACAUGCAAAAACAUUCCCUGAAAUGGAAGCCUCUGUUUCUUUAAUACUUGGUCAUCUCUGUGGAAAUUAGGUGCAAUGAAUCCAGUUCUGUAUACUUCUCAGCAGGGUGGCCUUUAGGUUUUGCAUGUGUAAAUAGAUCUUACCUUUCCUCAUGGGCUGUGACAAUAAGCUUUUAGAGAAUGUUUUUUGUUCAUUCACUUAAAUUUUAUUUUUAUCUAUAUGAUUUAUUUUGUCUAUACCGAUUGAUUUUUUUGUAGUGCAGAAUUUAGAGUAAAUCAGAUAUCAUUUAAUGACAAUCUACACUUGUAUACCUUGAACUUUUUCCUUAUGUCCAAAUAAAACACGUGAUAAAACAAAACUUCAUGACGUACCUGU